GCCCCUCGUACUCUCUCGAUCUCUCGUGGUCUCGUUGCACUGUGUGCGCGAUCAGUCCAACCCUCGACGUCCUCCUGGACGAACCCCGAGCUCUCCGAUUCUUGUUCUCGCGUCUUUGCUUUUCCCUUCGCUUCCAAAUAUUCCGCGCUGUCUGCGAUUCUCCGCCGGACAAAGAUGGGAAGAACGCUGCCGACGCCGGUUGCUUGCAAGGUUUGCGGCGACCGAUCUUACGGGAAACAUUACGGGGUUUACUGUUGCGACGGUUGUUCGUGUUUCUUCAAGCGGUCGGUGCGUCGCGGCGCCCUAUUCACCUGCAUAGCCGGAACCGGAGCGUGCUUCGUCGACAAAGCGAGACGCAAUUGGUGUCCGUAUUGCCGCCUGAACAAGUGCUUUACCGUUGGCAUGAACACGGCAGCCGUUCAGGAAGAGAGAGGACCGCGCGUUCGAAACAAGAUCGCAUCCGUCGCGCGUCAUUUCUCUCGUGCAUCGUCGUCGCCACCACCGCCGCCGCCACCGCCACCGCCUUUGGUAUCUCUUUCAUCUUCUUCGGACCCAGGAAUCGUAGCACCGAUUCUAAUCGCAAAGGAGGCGGCCGUCGCUGCAAACCCAACGAUGCGAUAUCACGCGACCGACGUUAACGUCGAUAACGGACUCUCUUUCUCAUCGUCGAUGAGACGGAUCCUCUAUUCUCCUCGAGUGCCUACGAUUCUUGUCGCUGGAGACACGAUACGAUACGAAGUCGCGGCACGGAUAUUCUUCGCGACCGUGCGAGCCGCUCGCCAGCAUCGAGAGUUUUCGAUGCUCGCUUUCGACGAGCAGAAUAAGAUUCUUCGAAGAGGAUGGGCUGCGGCGUUCGUUCUGCGAGCUGCGAUCUGGCCGGUCGAUUUGACUAAUUUUCCGAAAACGACCCUCUCGGCUGACAGACACGGUGACGACACCGAACACCAUCAUCAUCACGCUGUAUCCGCGGCAAGAGCCACCAUCUCUAAUUUGCGUCCCGAUCGAGUCGAGCUCUCGAUUCUGGAAACCUUGAUCCUCUGUCGACCCGGUAAUCAAUUAUUUUUACGCACGAUACGCGCGCACCCCGCGCGUCUACAAUCUUCGCCAAUUACGAGCACCAUUAUUUUCCAACAUUCUGUGCCGACAGUGUUUUCUCCCCCUUUUCUAAAGCUUCUCUUUUUUCCCCCUGGAAAUUCAGAGAUCGCCGAGACGGCGAACGGCAUACGUUUGACGUCGCGAGCAACGGACACCGCAGUGGACACUCUGGUUCGACAUCUUGCUGGUAGAACCGAAUCGUCGGCCAGGAUGGCCAAACUUAUGCUCGUCCUUCCCAUCUUGACGGGUUCCUGCCCCCGGGAACUAGCCAACGAUCUUUUCGCACCUAUUAUCGGUGACGUCGACCUCGAAAAAGUGAUCGCGUCUGUGCGCUGACUCGAUCGUUCGUUCCACCGUGUUCGUGUAUCUUCCUCCGUCCCAAAAAGAUCUAGUCACCGCGCCACAACGUAAUCUCCUAUUUUUCCCUUCGUUUUUUUCCUUCCCCUUUCUUUCCCCUUUUUCCCCAUCCUUCGUAAGCCACUGCGUAAAAAGAGUUUACUACGUGAAACGUUUUCACUUACUUCCUGCAAAAAUUCGUCACGGAGACGCAACCAAGAGGAACCAACACUGGAUGAAAGAAUUGCGAUCGGCAUUUAUUUUCUUUGGCACUUUAUUGACACAAAUGUAACGAUCUUACGUUGAGUAAUAUGUACAAUCGCUUACAGUAAUAUGGCGCAUCAAAGAGGAUGGAAGAAAGGCAGAGUUCGCGAAACGGUACGCGUCAACGUUCGGCGAAAAUCUGCGACGAUUCGUUGCGCGCUUCCCUCUCGUUUCGUUCGUUCGCUUCGAGCAAUAUUACGAAACGAGUAACGAUAAAUUAUCGAUACGCGUUUAUAAGUAAAAAGGAAAGAUGACGAGAAGAUGCGGUUAGAAAAUAAACUAGAUAUUACUACAUAGCUGUGCUAUAAAUUGCAAAAUCUUCUCACACGCACACACGAACGCGCACGCACGCUAUCGUUAGUAAUAAAUUACAAUACUCACACACGGUACAACGCAUAUUUUUUUAAAGUCACGCUGUUGCACGACAUAUAAAUCUGUAAAUUUGUUAAUUAUUCGUAGCUUCGUCCCAACUCGCGUUUCGAUUCGUAUUUCCGUUUAACGUAGCACCAGAGCGAAUAACGCGGCUUUUCUAACACGCAGGCACGUUCAACUUCGAAAUGCUGUACGAUCGAUUGAUCGGAGGCGAAACUUUAUCGCGGCAACGAGCUUCUCUCUUUACGAAUUGUAUCUUCGCCUUACGGACGUUACCGUUAUUCUCACCGACGCAAACAUAUCCAAAGAUAUCCUAUAGAAUCUCUUCCUAUUGCACUUUGAAGCGCGUGAAAAUCGAUAAAACUAAUCGCAUCUUGAACGAACGAUCAGUUGCGAAUUAUCAUCGCGUAUACAGAUACGUUCAAAGUUAAUCGUCGACUAGCAAACUAUGUAAUUCCGUGCCAUUACGAUGGCGUUAUGGGCUAAGGGUUGUGUCGCCCGGCUCUAAGAGUUCUAAUGCGAUCAACCAAACUGCCGGCGGCAAUGACCUCUCAGAAAUCAUUCAUCCAUCGAUUAACUUAUUAAAGCGAAACGGACAAGCCCUCUCUUUUGUUAUCUUAUCCUCUUUUUCCCCCUCCUUCGAAUCUUGCAAACAUCAAUAAAACUUUUUUCUGUA